AAACAUAUGCCUCACAAAUGGGAGAAUUUGCAGAAGUUCUUGAACAGAAAAAUAAGAUCUUUAUGAUUAAUCCACGAUGGGUUACAAUCAUAUGUGGAAAUCAAGUAAAUUUGCUAAAAGCUUUCAUUCUCUGCUGGCGAGCAUUUGCCCCUGACAUUCAAGUUGUAUUUAAUGAUUCUGACUAUGAUUGGCAUUUUAUUAUGAAGAGAGCAUAUCAUCUCAAUAUACUCGAAUGGAUGUGGAAGCGAAUGACAGGAAAGUUCAAAACAAAGGAAGAAAUCCUAAAGUGGAAAUAUCGUGGAAAGAUAGGAGCGAAAUCUGAAAAUAAUUUCAUGAUAAAAGGAAAGAAAAAGGAUACAGACGAAAAGGGGACCAUAUGGAGAUCAGGUGAGGAAGUCGAGGAAAAGAAAGAUUAUAUGGAAGCAAUUAAGAUCAAAAUUACUACAGAAGAGGAUUUCUUUUCCAGUUUUCUUAAACUGCCAGGAUGUGUACCAAUUGAUUGUGGCCUCGACACUAAAGCUAACAUGCCAUAUGAUGAAAUGUGGAGAAUCUAUUCAGAGACAAAAAAAGACCCCUCUCCUUUAACUGCAAGAAAAAUGCGAGAAGUAGCUAAUUAUUAUAUUAUAGAUGCAUUACGUUGCCAAGAGCUUUUGGUAAAGCUAAGUCAAAUAAAUGAUUAUAGAGAAGUCGCUUCCAUAGCUCAUGUAUCUUUGUUCGAUUCACACUAUCGUGCAAAUGGAAUGAAGGUACGAAACCUUCUGGACGCUUAUGCUUUUAAACGUGAUAUAGUAUUUAGCUCAAGAGUAUGUGAAAAUAUAGAAAAAGGAAAAUAUCCUGAUGCGUACGUUUUUCCACCUGAAAAGGGGAUUGAAAUGAGAAGACCUGUAACGGGAUUGGACUUUGCCUCAUUAUAUCCCA